ACCUUACCCGGAACUAGUGUGAAGGUCUUCGGCUGUGUGGCUAGACUUUAGAUAACACUUCACUUCUGGGUCUGAAGUCGAUGUGAAAAUGGGUGUUAAAAUAGAGGUUUUUAGGAUGAUGCUGUAUUUGUCCUUUCCUGUGGCCAUGUUCUGGGUCUCAAAUCAAGCCGAGUACUUUGAAGAGUACAUAGUAAAGAGAAAGAGGGAGAUCUUCCCCCCUGAUGAGGGACGUCAUAGGAAAGAGUUGGAGGACUUCAAAGAGCGGAUGCGUGCUCGGAAGGACCAGCGGAUAUUAAAAGAAAUGUCAAUGGAGUCUGAGAACUGAGGAUUAUUUGUUGACAUGCAACUGUUUAAGCUCUCAGAACAACCGAUGGAGAAGUGUCCGGCAAUGUUUUUUUGGCAAAAGAAAACUGGAUGGACUGCAGUAAGAGCAUGAUACUUUGGAAAUCUCUGCAAAGUUAACACAUCCCAAAGGUCUGCUGGGUGUUUUCCAGAGAUAAAUCAUGCCAAUACAAGACUUUGCCUCAUCAUUUGAGUUGCUGUGAUGGCACAGUCAUUAAAUAGUUCUUUUUUAGUUAAAUAUCCGCUUGAAUCUAAUAUAAUUAUCACUGUUUCUAUUGUUGAGUACAGUGCCUUUAUACCUUUGGAUUUGUACAUGUGUUUUUAUUUUAUCA